AGAAGCUAGAACAAUUUGGCAAGAAAAAGGAAUGGGAAAAAGCUGGGUGGGAAUAGAAUAUAAUGCCAAACCGGAAGAUUAUGCAUGGCUGGAGGGAUGCUUUGUGGGAUUGGUUCAUUCUGUGGAGAUGGUUCACAACUUACAAGAGAAAUUCUAUAUGGAAGGCUAUUUUUCAUGCCAGAUUCGAGCCAUGGGAGGUAGAAUGGUGCUGUUAGAUUGCGAGGAUAAGGAAGAAUUGAAGGACUUGGUGGAAUUAGCUGCAGACUGGUUAGGACAAUGGUUCGAAGAGAUGCGACCUUGGAAACCCGAAAUGGUGGCCAAGGAGAGGUUUGUAUGGAUUAGAUGCCAAGGGGUUCCAUUGAAUGCUUGGAGCACUGAAUUCUUCGAAAAAAUGGGGUGCUCAUGGGGAAAAUUCAUAUGCUUGGAUGAUAACACUAGCAAAAGAAGACGUUUUGAUAUAGCAAGAUUCUUGAUAUCCACUCAGAUCAUGGACACAAUCAAAGUUUCACGGCAAGUUAAAAUCAAUGGGAACCUGUACAAUCUGAAAUUCUCAGAGGAGGAAGUCUCUAAUUGCUUCUUCUCUCUUAAACAAGAUUUCUUGCCUUCUUUCCAAAGUGAUGAGGAGGAUUGUGAGUCUUGGUCGAUCGGCACUGUAAUGGAGACGCAGGAAUGUCACAAGGCAGAGGAUGAUGUUCUCUGUCAUGAAAAACAUACCCAUGAAAAAGAUGAUGACGUGGCGUGGGAAGGAAUAGAUCAGGACCAGCCUACAAAGGAGGAGGAGAAGUUAGGGGAAGCAACAGCUGGCAACCCGUCUCAAUCUCAAAUACAAAUUCAAAUUUUGAAUGGUGAAAGAAACAGAGCAACGAGCAAUUGUCUAGAAAAAGAGAAUGAAGUCAUUGAAUCAGUUUAUCAGGCCGGUAUAGUGGAUGGGAUUCAAAUGGGCCUCAAGAACAUACCCACAAGGAACUCUUUUAAAGAGCCCAAUACUCAAGAAGCAAGCCUUCAGUUUCAAGAAUCCAUUAACAUGGGCUUGGCCCAAGUUAGAAGAGAGGAAAAUUUGGCAGACCCAACUUUCAAUAAGGAUAAUUAUGGAAGUAUGGAAAUGGCAGAGGAUGAAAUUGAAGAAGACGGGGAGGAGGUGUUCUGGAGAGGCUUCGAAAAAGAUAAGGGACGGGUGGAGGCGUGGAUUAACAAGCAGAUAAUGGAAUCAGCGAAGGGAACAAAAUCUCCUGAAUUUAUGCCAAAUCCAAACGGGAAAGUAGCAGGGGGUUCGGUUGGUGACAGUGGUAUCCUGAAUUGCAACAGAUCCACUAAGAAUCAGUUGCAAAGCCAGGUAGCAAGGGAGAUAUGGGAUCUUGCGAAGCAGCUGGGCGCGAAUGCAGAAAAUGAUCCCGAUGUCCUAGGAAUGGGAGGGGAUGGUAAGAAAAGACAGAUCAGAGAAAUUGUGAUGAAGGAGAAAGUAGAUUUCAUAGCAAUUCAAGAGACUAAAUUAGUGACAGUGGACAGGAAGAUUUGUAUAAUAAUAUGGGGAACAGAUGACUUUGAUUGGGUAGCUAAGCCAUCUGUGGGUAGGUCCGGAGGUCUAUUAUGCAUUUGGAAUGCUAAGGGCCUGUUGAACAGUAAAAGAGGGAAGUGGUGUUUAAUGGGGGAUUUCAAUGCAGUGAGGGGAAUAGAGGAACGAGCAGGGGAGACGGGGAUCAGUAGUGAAAUGCGGGAAUUUGACAAUUUUAUAAUUAAUGCUGCUUUGAUUGAUCUGCCUUUGCUUGAAGAUUGGGUUGCCAAAUGGGGUGAUGUUAAACAGUGGGGGUUGAGAAGAUCAGUAUCGGAUCACUGCCCCAUUUUACUCAAGAAUGAGAAGAUUGAUUGGGGCCCAAAACCGUUCAAGUUUUUUGAUGCAUGGUUUGAUAAACCUGGAUGCAAGGAGUUAAUCACAAGAGUGUGGAAAACCAGCGACGUCCAGGGGCAGAAAGGCUUCAUACUUAAAGAGAAAUUGAAAAGUACAAAGAAAGCAUUAAAAGAAUGGAGCCGGAACCUAGCUCAAGACGUGGAUGCCAAAGUAAAAGAAGCAGAAGCAGUGAUAGCUGAAAUUGAUGAGAAAGGAGAGAAUAGCCAACUGAUUGCAGAAGAUGUCGAAAGGAGGAGGGGAAGCUUUAUGGUUAUAUGGAAAAAUCUAAGAAUUAAGGAGAGGAUGUGGCAGCAGAAGGCAAGGAGGAUGUGGUUCAAGGAAGGGGAUGCGAAUACAAGUUUUUUCCAUCGAUGUGUCAAGGGAAGAUGGAGAAGGAAUGAAAUUAAUUGUAUUCGGAUCAACGGGGAACUUUACACGGGUGUGAAGGAAAUAAAGGAAGAAGUGGCUAAGUAUUUUAAAGAAUUAUUUUCAGAAGAGGCAUGGCAAAGACCAAAGCUUGAUGGGAUUAGAGUUAAUCAAAUUUCACAAGCCGAAAAUGAGUUGCUAGUGGUUGAUUUUGAGGAAAAGGAGAUUAAAGAAGCAAUUUGGGACUACUGCUCUUCCAAAUCCCCAGGCCCAGAUGGUUUCAAUUUCGGAUUUGUGAAGAACAUGUGGGAAGUCAUAAAGGUGGAGGUGAUUGACUUUGUGCAGGAUUUUUGGGAACAAGGUAGUCUUGCAAGGGGAUCCAACGCAUCCUUCAUUGUUUUAAUCCCAAAGAAAGAAAAUCCACAAGGAAUUGAGGACUAUAGACCCAUUUCCCUCAUCGGGAUCAUGUAUAAAAUCAUCACAAAAUUGCUAGCAAAUCGAUUGCGAAAGGUGCUGCCAAAGGUCAUUGGGGAACAACAGAUGGCAUUCAUUGAAGGUAGACAAUUAGCUGAUGGAGUGGUGAUUGCAAAUGAAGUCAUUGAUGAGGCCAAGAGGAAGAGGAAAAAAAGUUUUCUGUUUAAGGCCGACUUCGAAAAAGCAUAUGAUAAAGUGUGCUGGAGCUUUAUUAAUUACAUGAUGAUGAGAAUGGGAUUCUCGAAAAAAUGGAGGAAGUGGAUUCAGGAAUGUCUAAGAUCAAGCUCAGUGCCUGUUCUUAUUAAUGGAAGCCCAACAAAAGAGUUUACGGUAAGCAAAGGCAUACGACAAGGAGAUCCGUUAUCCCCCUUCUUAUUUUUGAUUGUGGCAAAAGGAUUGAAUGGAUUAGUAUCAGCAGCAGUAGAAAAGAAUCUUUACAAGGGUGUUAUGGUGGGAAAAAGAGAUACAACGGUCACACAUUUACAGUUUGCGGACGAUACUAUCUUCUUCGGGGAGGCUUCCGAUGAAAACAUUAAGGUGGUCAAAGGGAUUAUGAGGACUUUCGAGUUGGCUUCCAGGAACUUGUAUGAGUGGGAGGUUGAUGAUGUCGUGGAGCUCCAAAAGAGGAUAGAAAACGUGAAGAUAGCAGAAGGAGACCUGGAUAGAUGGGAAUGGACUCAUGAUAAGGGAGGGCAAUAUUCAACCAAAAGUGCGUAUUCUCUUCUAACAAGGGAGCGGGUAGAAUUGAAUGAAGAGAAGAUAUACAAAAGAAUAUGGAAUCCCAUCCUUCCAAGUAAAAUAUCAGCUUUCAAUUGGCAAUUACUACUGGAUAAAAUUCCUACCAAAGCUAAUUUGCUAAGAAGAGGGAUCAUUAAGGAAGUGACAGAAACCAAAUGUGCCCUUUGUAAUGAUGAAGAAGAGGAUGCUACUCAUUUGUUCUUAAAUUGCAAAAUUGCAAGGUGGACAUGGAAGGCUUGCUCUAAGUGGUGGGGGUCAAAGAUGAUGGUGAACAGAGACUGCUGGAACACUUUUCAACUCCUCGGGAGGAACACCAAAGGAGCAAAAAUUAGAGAAGGCAUGGAUAGCAUCUAGAAAAUAGCCGCUUGGUCCAUUUGGAUUGCUAGAAACCAGAAAAUCUUCCAUUGUAAAGAGGUAAAUCCUGAUACACUCUUAGAACUUAUUCAACUGAGAUCUUUUUGGUGGAUAAAAGCUAGGAAUGAUUGGGCCACUGUUACUUUCUCAGAUUGGUUGAUUGAUCCAGUUGCAUGUUUCAAAAAUUGAUAUUGUGUGCAAACAGUGCAUUUCUAGGGGGCUUUCCUUUGUUUCUGGUUUGUAAAAUUUGGAGAUGGUGUUGUUUAUGGGUUUGAGUACCCCUUGUACUCUAUAUUUUCAAUAAAACUUUGCCGUUCAA